CUCUUUUGCAACCCCUAUUCACUCGCGCGCACGUUCGGUGACUUCGUGUCCGCAACCAGACCAGACUGUCACCAGGACCCACUCAACAUAUAAAAACACAUAAUGAAAAAUCAUAUUUACAAAGCAGCGAAUCAAAUGCCCACCUCCGAUCGAAAAUCUCGCCGGAGCCCCAAAACGACGCCGCUCCUCCCCCAGAAAGACGAUGACUCCGACGUCCAGUCCGGCGCCUCUUUCUACGGCGCCGUUUUCAACCUCUCCACCACGAUCGUCGGCGCCGGAAUCAUGGCCUUGCCGGCCACUCUAAAGCAGCUCGGCAUGAUUCCUGGACUGAUCGUUAUUGUUCUCGUCGGAUUUUUAACGGAAUCGUCGAUAGAUUUGAUUUUGCGAUUCACUCGAGCUGCGAGAGUGACGUCGUAUUCUGCGCUGGUGGGAGAUGCGUUCGGAGGUGUGGGAAGGACGUUGCUGCAGAUCUGUAUCGUCGUCAAUAAUCUCGGCAUGCUUAUUGCUUACAUGAUUAUUAUUGGUGAUGUUCUAUCAGGGACGGUUUCAGAUGAUGUACAACAUCCUGGUUUGAUGCAAGAAUGGUUUGGUGAUCGGUGGUGGACAGCACGUUCUUCUGUACUAAUUUUCACCACUGUUUUUGUGUUCGCUCCUCUCAUAUCAUUCAAGCGUGUAGAUUCGCUGAGAUACACUUCAGCUUUAUCGGUAGGAUUGGCCGUUGUCUUUGUGGUAAUAACAGCUGGAGUUGCAAUAUUGAAAUUAAUGAAUGGAAGCAUUGGUAUGCCACGUUUGCUGCCUCAACUCGAUGAUCAAGCAUCUUUCUGGAAGCUAUUUACUACUGUUCCUAUACUCGUGACUGCUUAUAUCUGUCACCACAACAUUCACCCCAUCCAGAAUGAACUAAAUGACCCGACGAAAAUGAAGUCUAUAGUGAAGACGUCAAUUGUUUUCUGUUCAUCUGUAUAUAUUACAACUAGCUUCUUUGGGUUCGUUCUGUUCGGAGAUCAAACUUUGGAUGAUAUACUUGCAAAUUUUGAUGGCGAUUUGGGGAUUCCAUAUGGCUCAAUGCUUAACGAUUUAGUGAGAAUGAGCUACGGCAUCCACGUGAUGCUUGUGUUCCCAAUUGUCUUUUAUUCACUCCGUCUCAACCUAGAUGGCCUCAUAUUCCCUCAUGCUAUUCCUCUCAUAUUUGACAAUCAAAGGUUCUUCUCAGUGACAACUGCUCUCAUGGGCUUCAUUUACAUGGGAGCAAAUUUUGUGCCCAGCAUAUGGGACGCAUUCCAGUUUACGGGUGCCACAGCUACUGUAGCAGUAGGUUACAUUUUCCCGGCGGCAGUUGCUCUUAGAGAUACUAAUGGAAAUGGAGUGAAGAAGGAUAAACUUAUACCUUGGGUAAUGAUGCUACUAGCUGUAUCUUCAAGCACAGUAGCCAUCUCCAGUGAUCUUUAUGCCAUUUACAGGAAAAGAAAUGGGUUCACAAGUUAGUAGUGAAGAAACAGAAAAAGAAAUGAUAUAGUUACUCUACCCAGUUUUGUCCAUGUUUCACAUAUCUGUCUGGCAAAGUCAUUCACUUGGGUGAACAUUUUAGUCUCAAUAUUUCGGGUGACGUAAAUUUUAUUAAAACAUUGCUGCAAAUCCGCAAGGUAAAAAGUAAACACAAGCAAGUUCGUUCAUUUUUCUGUUUGGAUCAAUUGUCCAUAUCUGAAGAUGUACUUAAGUCAUUCUUUUCGCAGCUUGUAUCAGUACUAAGAUUUCGAGUUUGCUUGUGGCAACCAUAGAAACGGUCUAGUUUUGUAUCACCAGAAAUUUUCUGUAUGAUGUUAGUUACAACAAUUAGUAAUCGAAACGGUCUAGUUUUUUUA